UUGCCUGGCAACGGGGCGGUGGCCCGGCGGGUACCCGGCCUAGCGCGCGGGAGAAGCCACCAGGCCGCAGCCCACCCGCCCCGGGCUCCGGAGACGUGCAGCCCCCGGCCCCCAAGGCCUCCCGGGGGCGCCAGGAAGCCACCUUGGGCCUGUCCUCAGGAAAACGUGGUCUCAGCUGGGCGGGGGGUGGGGGGGAGACGUUCGAGCAGGCCUCAGGCCCUCUCCCUGACCUGAGGAGAGGCCCGGAGCCUCACCCUCACCCCCUCUUUGUGCAGGGCGCCGGCGGCCAUUGUGUCCGUGCGGGGAAUGGAGGACCCGGCAAUCCCCCACCACCGCCGCUACGUCCAGGGCCUUUGGGGAAUUCAAAGAAAAUCGGCGGUGUUUCUGGGGGGUCCCCGGCCGUCAGCCUCCCGGAAAGGCCCGGGGAUGGCCUUUCCGAAGUCAGACCGCAGAUCCGAGGCAGUUUCCCCCUCCUUCUGUCCCUUCUCGAAACCUUGAACCCCAUUGAGAAGUACCUUCAGGGUUUCGGAAGCCUUACCCCGGGCUGGUACUUAAAUAGAAACGACAACAACAACAAAAAACCUAAACCCCACACCAGCCACCUCCGGGAGAGUUCUCCUGGCUCCCAGUAGGAGGCGGAGAGCCAAGGGGCGUGCAAGAGCGAGGGGGCUGGGCUCUCGGGUGGCAGGAGGCCGCUGCCGAGUGGCCGCCCUCGAUCCGGGCGAUGGAGGAGGAAGCAAGCGAGGGGGCCGGUUCCUGAGCUUCGUAAUUCCUGUAUCGCCUUCUGGGCUCCCAGCCUGCCGGGUCGCAUGAUCCCUCCGGCCAGAGCUCCUUUUUUUGCCAGCCGCCGUGAGGCCGGCUGAGUUGCCGGCAUCCCGGCUGCCACCUCUUCUCCCGACCUAUGUUACAAAAGAUCUUCCGGGGGUUGCACCUGCCUGCGGUCGCCUGAGACGGAUUUGAAUCUCUUUCUCUUCCAUCAGAACCUUAUCUUGGCUUUGGAUCUCAGAAGAGAACCACCAAGCAGAGACCAGACUCAGUGAGUGAGCAGGUGUUUUGGACAAUGGACUGGUCGAGCCCAUCCCUAUUAUAAAAAUGUCUCAGAGCAACCGGGAGCUGGUGGUUGACUUUCUCUCCUACAAGCUUUCCCAGAAAGGAUACAGCUGGAGUCAGUUUAGUGAUGUGGAAGAGAACAGAACUGAGGCCCCAGAAGGGACUGAAUCAGAGAUGGAGACCCCCAGUGCCAUCAAUGGCAACCCAUCCUGGCACUUGGCGGACAGCCCUGUGGUGAAUGGAGCCACUGGCCACAGCAGCAGCUUGGAUGCCCGGGAGGUGAUCCCCAUGGCAGCGGUGAAGCAGGCGCUGAGGGAGGCCGGGGAUGAGUUUGAACUGAGGUACCGGCGGGCAUUCAGCGACCUGACAUCCCAGCUUCACAUCACCCCAGGGACAGCAUAUCAGAGCUUUGAGCAGGUAGUGAACGAACUCUUCCGGGAUGGGGUGAACUGGGGUCGCAUUGUGGCCUUUUUCUCCUUCGGUGGGGCACUGUGCGUGGAAAGCGUAGACAAGGAGAUGCAGGUAUUGGUGAGUCGGAUCGCAACUUGGAUGGCCACUUACCUGAACGACCACCUAGAGCCUUGGAUCCAGGAGAACGGCGGCUGGGACACUUUUGUGGAACUCUACGGGAACAAUGCAGCGGCCGAGAGCCGGAAGGGCCAGGAGCGCUUCAACCGCUGGUUCCUGACAGGCAUGACUGUGGCUGGCGUGGUUCUGCUGGGCUCACUCUUCAGUCGGAAAUGACCAGACACUGACCACCCACUUAACCCUCCCUGCCCUACCCUGCCCCCACCACAUCCCUUUAUCCAGCAACCAUUGCCACCAGGAGAACCACUACAUGCAGCCUGUGGCCACCUACCCAUCACAGGGUUGGGCCUAGACCUGGUCCCCUGCAAUUAGUUUUCUAGAAAUCUACCAUGCUUCUGUGAAAGCCGCCUUCCCCACACCUCUGUUCUCCUGGCCUCAGAACCCACAGAGUUUCCCCAAAAUCUGCCCCAUGGAAGCUGGCAGGUGUGGGGAUAUAUGUGGUUGGGGGCUGGAGGGCCCUGCCUGUUUGGUGGAACCCCCCAACCCCUUAGCCUCCCUGAGAAUGCUUUCUUGCCAGGGAGCUGGAAAGUUUUCUGACCCUUUUCCCCAGGAGAGACUAGAUUGCCUUCGUUUUGAUGUUUGUGGCCUCAGAAUUGAUCAUUCCCUAUCCCUUCCAGGAUCUAGGUCCCCUUCCUAUCAUCCCCACCUUCCCAAGAGCCACUUAGGGGCCACUUUUGACUAAUUAGGGAUUCAAGCUGCUUGGGAUAAAGAAACAAGGACCAGGACCCCCUCUCCACCUCUGGCCUGGCCAAAGUCCCUGACCCCAAUCCCAGUGUCCUCCAGAGGCCUCUGGCUAGAGGCCAGCCCCACCCAGGGUGGGGGGCUGUAGCUGCAGGAAGCACCCCAUGCCAAAGCUAGGGUGGCCCUUGCAGUUUAGCACCACCCUAGUUCCUUUCCCCUUCCUUUCCCUUGGCUCCCAUGACCAUUACUAAGGGACCAACUGGGCCCGAGGCAGGUGCCCCAGAGCUGUUUAUGGCCUCAGCUGCCUCACUUCCUGCGAGAUCAGCCUGUGGCAUCUUUGCCUUGGGCUGCUGCCCACAGAGUUCAGGGGUUCGGGGGCCUCGGCCCAGACGUGAAGGGGAGCUACAGGGAGCAGCUGUGGGAGCCCUAGAGUCUUCCCUACCUCAGGCAGGAAGGGCAGGAAGGAGACCCUGAUGCACGAGGUGCAGGUGGGGGUGGCUGGAAGGGCCAGUCCUACCUGGUCAAACAGGUGUGUGCCCCACCCCCAUUCAGCCUGGGUCACCAGGCUGCCAAGGUCAGAGUGGCCUGGCCAGGAGUCCUUCAGGCCUCCCUCUACUCCACCCAUGGCCUGUCUCAUCCCCGGGGGUCCCGGCCUACCCCUAGCCAUCCCGGGCUCUCUGCUGUACAUAUUCGAGACUAGUUUUUAUUCCUUGUGAAGAUGAUAUACUAUUUUUGUUAAGCGUGUCUGUAUUUAUGUGUGAGGAGCUGCUGGCUUGCUGUGCGUGUGCACGUGGAGAGCUGGUGCCCGGAGACUGAACGGCCUGAUGCUCCCUCCCCUGCCCUGGUCUGGGGAAGCCAGCUGGGGGUCCUGGCUCCUUAGGGGCAACUGUCCCCCCCCCCCCAACUCAGCCCCCACCCCACACUUGUUCCAGCUCUUUGAAAUAGUCUGUGUGAAGGUGAAAGUGCAGUUCAGUAAUAAACUGUGUUGACUCAGUGAG